AUGGCAGAAGUGGAACUUCUCCAAAACCAGGCUGCUAAACUCAAACGAUACGAAGCAAAAUUAAAAGGUACCUGCCUUCCUACAUAUCAUAAUCCUCCAGAUAUCAUCGCAGCUUACAAGACUUUACAAGCUGAAAAUGCCACUCUCCAAGAGGCUUUACGUAAGACCACUGGACAGACUUCGACCGCAAACGCUGACAACGCCUCGAAAACUGACCCACAAAGCACCGAAAAGCUGAAAAACGCCCUCGAGGAGAUAAACGAAAAGUACGAAGAGGCGGAGCACGUAGAGUCUGCCAUAAAAAAGUACCAGAAUGAACUCGACGCUUCGAGGCAGAAACUCGAAAAAUCAGAAGAACUUAAAGACCUUCUCAGCGAGCGUGUCGCAAAGCUGAGUCGAGAUCUUGCGGUGGAGCGCAGAGCUGCUGUCGACUUGCAGUCGUCUCUUUCUGAGGCUCAGCAACAACAUGAACUCUCUACCAAUCAUUUUGAGUAUAAUCAGUUGUCGGAGCUUUGGCCACCCUCAACACUUCGCCAACGAUCAUGGGCGAAGGAAUUACAUCCUGGUCAUUUGUGCCGCAUUUCUCUCUGUGUGUGCGCGCCAACUAUUGUAAAUAAAUCCGAUGAGGGAAUAAAUGCACUGUUUCUUGUGGACGGGAUAGUGUUCGAGGUUAUCUUCGUGCUCAUCUGCUUUUAUUGCGUUUCCUGA